CGCAUUCUUCCAAAUGCAUGCAUGAGGGGGAUGCCUGUUUGGUUGAAGAACUUGCAGUCUAGCGUUCGUUUCGGCGAACAUCUGCUUCGACUGCAGACAAACUUCAUUCUGGGUCUAGCGGGAGCUGGUCGCUAUGACGUCAGUGUCGUCUGCGUAGAAUCCGAGAGUAUACGGAAUCUGAACCGCGUGUACCGGAACGUGGACCGGGCAACUGACGUUCUCGCAUUCCCGUACCAUGAGGACACGGAACCUGGUGCCCUGCCGCCUGUACAGGAAGAAAGGGAGGAAGAUUACAAUUUGGGCGAUGUGAUUCUGGGGAUUUCGGUGAUAAGGGAGGAGUGUGAGAGGGAGGGGGUGAAGCUAGGGCACAGACUGCCAGUCAUCUUUACUCAUGGUCUCUGUCAUCUACUGGGCUACCGUCACUCCACACCGUCCCUUACCGAGCAGAUGUACAGAAGAGAGAAGGCCCUACUGACUGCAUUCAAUAACUCAUUUGGCACACAUGUCGCUCCUCUAACUUCAGAAACAAAUUACUGAUUAUCGUCAGAACAUUAACGACACACUUUACAAUUGCACACAGAGUAGUGAACAGAAGUAAUAUAGAACAUUGUUGCAUAAUAAUAAUCAUCUCUCCAUAUAAUAAAAAUGAAACAUAAAUCUGUUUUCAAAUGUGCACGUUUUGUUUCUUGGGGAUGUGCAUCAAAAAACUGGGGAAGGUGGGGUGGGGUGGGGUGUGCCGAGUCAGCAGAAAUUCAGUCAGAAAUCGAUGUAAGCAUCGCCCAUGGACACCCCCGAUCGUGGGGGGAUGGGUGGACAAACGUUCCUCUGAGGGCUCGCCCCUCCAUUAGCGGCGUCUUCAGGGAGAUGAUCGUAGCUGCUCUGUGAAGUUUUUCGCGAGGGUGGAUCCAGAUGAUCGUAGCUGGAGCGGAACAGGUGGGGGCUCCUCUUCCCCUUGGAGUACGGGGAUGAGGAGGGGGAGGGGGAGGAGUGGAAGGAAUUUGCCACCACGCGACCGUCCUGGUCCAAGACCAGAUCAGCCGAGGUCCCGAUCCCAGAAUCCUUACUCGGGAAGAACUUCUCUUGACUGGAGCUAGUCGAACCACCGGAGCCAACUCU